CGAAAUUCUAACCAGGUACCCAAAGUUCUGAAACUCAUCCUAGUUCAAAUCAGUCUCCUAGAUUGCAUUGCUUUGAGAAUCUUUCUUGCUUACAAAUGUUCAAACUAAUCUCCGUAUCAGGAUUGUCUCGAACAUAAACAAGGUUAUCUUGAAAACUUUGAAAAAGAUUGUCUCGAAGAAGAAACAAGAUUGUCUUGUUAGAACUAGAAAAGAAACCAUUGAUUCCAUUUCCUCAGCUGCAGCUGUGUUGGGGUCACUCCUAGGUAGGUGUUAGUUUCCGUGAAUCACCAUUUUCUCAAAUUUUCUAUAAUCUCCAUUUCCGAAGACGAACAAUACAGAGAUAGAACAGAACUCUGAGGUCAAAAUCUGGUUAGGGUUUUGCCUCGUUUGUGACAAUGGAUUACGCUCGAGAUGGGAACGUGGUUCAAAUAAUCACGGGCGGUGGCGGAGGAGGAGAGAGCUGGUCCGGCGAUCAAGCUGAUUGGGCAACGGAGGAUGAGUACCGGUAUUGGAACAACAACAACAACGGAGACGCGGAAUCGACGCCGUCGAACUCGAAUUACGAAUCGCGGUCGGAGCCGCCUAGCAAAAAGUCCCGGAAUUCGCAGGAUGGGAGCUCAAACCGGUCAAAGGCUAUAGGGAAAAUGUUCUUCAAGACGAAACUGUGCUGCAAGUUCAGGGCAGGAACCUGCCCUUACAUCACCAACUGCAAUUUUGCCCACAGCAUUGAGGAGCUCCGCCGCCCGCCACCAAAUUGGCAGGAGAUUGUGGCGGCACACGAGGAGGAGAAGGCAGUGAUGGCAGAGCCAAGGGAGGAGUUUCAGAUUCCCACUGUGGGGUCUUCCACAUUUGCAGGGGAUACGAUGCAGAGGUCCUACAAGGGAAGGCAUUGUAAGAAGUUUUACACUGAGGAAGGGUGUCCCUAUGGGGAUAGUUGCACCUUCCUUCAUGAUGAACAAUCAAAGAACCGAGAGAGUGUUGCUAUAAGUUUAGGCCCGGGGGGUUAUGCUGGUGGUGGUGGCGGAAGCGGUGCCGGUGGUAGUGGUGCUGGCGGUGGAAGUGGAAAUGGUGGUGGUGGUGGUAGUGGUGGUGCUAAUGCUGCUGGGAAUGGAGCUAAUUCGAAGCCCUCUAAUUGGAAAACCAGGAUUUGCAAUAAAUGGGAGAUGACAGGGUAUUGCCCCUUUGGCAACAAAUGCCAUUUUGCUCACGGUGCCACAGAGUUGCACAGAUAUGGAGGGGGGCUUAUGGAAGGAGAAAGCAGAGAUGCUGCUUCUGUGGUUGGCAGUGACACGAACAAAGGAGCAGCAACAAAAGCUUCUGCUGACAACGUUGUUGCUGCUGUUACUCCUGUCGCCCAUUCUGAUGUGUACCAUAUUGGAGUCCCUUCACAAAGGCCUUCCAUUGUGAUUCAGAGGCCAGGGCAGAGAACUCAUCAGAAGUGGAAAGGUCCAGAUAAAAUCAGUAGGAUAUACGGUGAUUGGAUUGAUGACAUUGAAUAGAGUUACAAUCCCAGUCAUGGAUGGAAGAAACCACUGAUGAGGGCUUAUGUACCAUGAAGAAAAGUGAAUACGCAAUGAUUUUUCAUUCCCAUGUUAUAUUUUUAUUAGCUAAUUUCUCUUAUGAUCCUUAACUUGUAACGGAAAAACAGUUUAGUUGUUUCACGGAUAACUGUCUUGUACGAUUAUGUUUGGUGGUGUAUUCACCUUCCUUAAUACGCUGGUUCUCUGGUGUCUGAAUGUGGCAGCAGCUUCUAUGUAUUUGCAUCAGAUAGUAUGGCAUAGUUCUUAUUUUAGAUAGAUCUUGUUCAUUAGGAUUGUUUUGCUUGCCUUGUUCAGAUGUAAUGAAAAACCAUUUUAGAAUUUUCCAGACAA